GCUGCCUGCUGGGCCGGCUGCUGUCGCGGCGGGCGUGCGCGCGCGCGGCGGGCGUGGAGGAGUUCGCGGCCCUGGAGCUGGGCCGCACCCGCGGGAAGAAGCCCUUCCUGCUCCGACCGCUGCCCGACGGGCUGCCCAACUUCAACUUCAACGUCUCGCACGACGGCCGCUGGGUGGUGCUCGCCAGCGACCCCCUGCGCCUGGUCGGGGUGGACGUGGCCGCGCCGCAGCGCUGGCGGGGCGACGCCGAGGACGACUCAUGGAUGGAGGACCUGUUCGAACUCCUGUCGGACUCUGAGCGGUCGCGCGUGAGGCGAGAGGACUCGGUGCGCGGCCGCUACGGCGUGUUCCAGCGCCUCUGGUCCGCGAAGGAGGCGGUUACCAAGGCCAUCGGCCGCGGCCUCGACUUCUCCAUCGAGAGGAUCGAGGUGGCGCUCGACGGGGAGGUUCAGUCCGCCUGGCCCAGCUGGGCGCAGAGGGGAGCGUGCAGAAGCGGCGAUCGGGUCGCUGCGAGAAGCGCCCUUGGCCCGAGGUGCACCCAGGAUUUCGGAGGAGCUCCACACGGCCCCGAGGGCACCCCUCGCGAGGCCUAGGAGGGCCGCGCACUGGUCUCCAAAGUGGAGCGAAAACCUCUGGGCAUGUUUCGAAAAACGAGAAGAACUGCGUAAACAUGAACUGUCGACGCUCCGCGCGGAGUUCUUGGAUCGGCGCUGGGACCCCCUCCCGGGCGCGCUCCGCGCGCCCGGGGCGGCGCCAGAGGCGCCGCCAGGCCGCUCCAGCGCCGCCCCAAGGAAUCUGCGCAGACCACCGAAAGUCUACAGUGGAGACCCUUGCCAAGAAGCACCCUGCUUUCCUCCAGGGUGCCCUGGGUUUCUUGCGUCUCGAUGCUUCUGCGAUGGAGAGCGCGACGUCCCCACGCCAAAAACCAAGGGGCGCCCUGGGGGGGUGGUCUCAGGGUUGGGCUUCUCGUGGAAGGUUCCUUGUGGACUGGCCUCCACUGCAGGUGUAUGCCGUGUUUUGUUCCUCGAGCCUUUGGCCGGAGCAGCCCCCGAGGCGAGGGCGCGGAGGGUGGCGGGGGUGGCCGCGCGCCGGGGGGCCACUACGCCGAGGUCCACAUCGACGGCUGGCCGCGGCCGGAGUGGUGCCUGGAGCAGCACGCGCUGCCAGACGGCCACUGGGCGACCGUCGCGCUGGGGCCGGUGGAGGAGGUCGCGGACAAGGACGGCGUCUUCAGCGCCACGCUGCGCCUGCGCGGCGUGGACGGCGAGGCGCGGCGCCGGGCCGCGGAGGCGCCGGCCGCGCAGUGGGAGGUGCUGCCGCCCGCCGCCCUGGAACAGGUGCCCUGCUGGGCUCCGGCGGCCGUCCCCCGCCGCAGCUGCGAG